AUGGCGCGCGGUCCAGAAAGCCAUGAUUUGAUGCUGCUCCUCGGACCAGUAUCAUAUUUAGACUGCUUGGUCUUCUGCAUGUUCUUGGCUCCCCAGCUGAUAUGGCACGUUGGAUUCUUCGAGACAGUCUGGUGCGUGCUUCAAGCACUGCCGUUCUUUUCGGUGAAGCUACCUGUUGGGCUUAUGAGAGAAAGAUACUUUUUACCUCCUGAAAAUCAGUCUCUGUUCGUCCAGAAGGCCUCAUCGUUUGAGGAUUUUGUGAUUCGCUGUGUCCGGUACGCAUUCGAACAUGUCCCUGCAAAAAUCGGUAGGGUCUUCUUCUCCAAGGAGGUUGCGCUUCCGUUUAUGCAGUUCCGGCUGUUGCGACAUGGCUAUUUUAGGUGUCCUGUUCCGUGGAGGGAACAUCGCGAGGAGUCCUUCCAUGGCAUCUGGCUGAUCAAAAAUCCGGAAGAGAAGCCCGACUUUGUGCUAUUCUACGCUCAUGGUGGUGGAUUUUCGAUGGGGUCGUCGUACUUCUAUCUUGAAUUUCUCCUGACCUGGUUAUCGGAGCUGGAGGCUCUGGGCUACAGUAACCCGGCCAUAUUUGCGUUGGAGUACACACUAGUGCCAGACGCUGCAUUUCCAACCCAGCUCAACGAGGCUGUACGGGGCUACGAGCAUGUGCUGAAGGUGGUGCAAGAUCCCUCACUCGUCUGUGUCAGUGGUGAUUCUGCAGGUGCGACUCUGAUCCUCAGUUUGCUGCUGCAUCUAGGUAGCCAAGAGGCAAACGGCAUCGGGUAUGGGCGUCGACUCCCGGUGCCUGCCUUGGCCGUCCUCAUUUCGCCGUGGGUGACGCUCGUUUCCACACGGCACCGGAAUACCGUCAGCGACUAUCUUGACGUGAAACAACUGCAUCAGUACGGAAUGCAGUUUGCAGGCGGGAAAAUGCCAGAGAAAGAGCCGUUGGUAUCGCCGGGGUGCUGCAAAGACAUGAGUUUGUGGAAGCGGUCUUCCCCGUCAAAGGGGAUUUAUAUAACGUAUGGCACCGAGGAGGUGUUUGCCUCGGAAAUCGAAGACUUCAUCGGUACCGUGCAGGAGACGGUCGUUGUCAAGAGCGAAGCUGCUGUCGGCGGCAUUCACGCCUGGCCCGUUGCCUCAUUAUUCCUUUCGAGCAAUGUAAAUGAGCGACUUGGUGGACUGAGAACUAUAAGCAAGGAGAUUAGACAGUGUAUUCCUUGAGGAGGCAGCAGUUGCUGUAACAGUUGCUAGAGCGGACGUUCUGUCAGAUUAGAUCAAGUUAUUUUGGGCCAUCAUGGACUUGAGCAGCGAUGACCCCAGAGCCAGAGACUCGGUUUCUUCGAUGCCCCGUUCAACGUCUUUGGCUAUUGUGUUUG